UGCAUCUUUCGGUGACCAGUUCUGCGCAGAUUUGGCUCCUCUGAAACGAGUCUAUUUAACGGCAAAAAGCCCCGAAAAAAUGUAAGAUUAGCCGAUAGGCUGUCGAUUCAUUAAUUGAUAAGCUGUUUCCUAACAAAAGCUGUUUAUUCAGCGUAGUGAAGCCUCUCCUCCAUUGACAUCCAUUCAAAAAGCGGCUUUGCUCUCCUUCCCUGCAGACAGCCACAGACGGUAUAAACCGGUACAAAGCAGCAGCGGCAACAUUGUUACGCUUUUUUGGCUAAAGGUUCCAGAGAGUCACGCUUCAUCACGGCUGAUCAGAACUCGUUCACAGAAAGACGCUUUUCUCUUGCGGUGAAGAACCCUGCAGAAUGAAAGACGAAGAUACAGAGGAACAAACCGAUUCAAUGGGACUGAAGGAAGACAAGCAGAAUCCGUUUGAAAAAACUCAUCAUUUUAAAAAGGAAGAUGGAAAUGUGGUCAUUUCACAGACUGAACAGAAUUUCACACAAAAACAAGUUGGAAAAACUGGAGCCAAAGGAUCUUUCACAUGCACACAGUGUGGGAAGAGUUUCAGUGAGAAAUCAAAGUUUAAUAGACACAUGACAGUUCACACUGGAGAGAAGCUUUAUACAUGCAUUGAGUGUGGGAAGGGUUUCAGUCAGAAAUCAAACUGUAACAGACACAUGACCGUUCACACUGGAGAGAAGCCUUAUACAUGCACUCAGUCUGGAAAGGAUUCCUUUGUCAAAGAAGAACCAAAUGUGCACAUGAGAAUUCAACAAACAGAUUUGAUGGGACUGAAGGAAGACAAGCAGUAUCCAUUUGAAAAACCCCAUAAUUUUAAAUAUGAAGAUGGAAAUGCAGUCAUUUCACAGACUGAACAGAAUUUCACACAAAAACAAGUUGGAAAAACUGGAGCCAAAGGAUCUUUCACAUGCAUUCAGUGUGGGAAGAGUUUCAGUGAGAAAUCAAAGUUUAAUAGACACAUGACAGUUCACACUGGAGAGAAGCUUUAUACAUGCACUGAGUGUGGGAAGGGUUUCAAUCAGAAAUCAAACUGUAACAGACACAUGACCGUUCACACUGGAGAGAAGCCUUAUACAUGCACUCAGUCUGGAAAGGAUUCCUUUGUCAAAGAAGAACCAAAUGUGCACAUGAGAAUUCAACAAACAGUUUCAAUAGGACUGAAGGAAGACAAGCAGCAUCAGUUUGAAAAACCUCGUGAUUUAAAAAAUGAAGAUGGAAAUGCAAUCAUUUUACAGGCUGAACAAAAUUUUACACAAAAACAAGCUGGAAAAACUGGAGCCAAAGGAUCUUUCACAUGCAAUCAGUGUGGGAAGAGUUUCAGCCGUACAUCAAACCUUAAGAGACACGUGAGAUUUCACACUGGAGAGAGGCCUUUUACAUGCACUCAGUGUGAGAAGAGUUUCGGUGAGAUAUCAGAGUUUAAUGGACACAUGAUAUCUCACACUGGAGAGAGGCCUUAUAAAUGCACUGAGUGUGGAAAAGGUUUCAGUCAGAAAUCAAACCGUAACAGACACAUGAAACUUCACACUGGACUGAAGCCUUAUACAUGCACUCAGUGUGGAAAGGUUUUCUUUGACAAAGAAGAACUAAAUGUGCACAUGUGUAUUCACACUGGAGAACGUGUGUUCACAUGCACUCAGUGUGGAAAGAGUUUCAGACUGAAAUCAAAGUUUAGGAGACACAUGAGAUAUCAUACUGGAGAGAAGUCUUAUACAUGCACUCAGUGUGGAAAGGGUUUCUUUGUCAAAGGAGAACUUAAUGUGCACAUGAGAAUACACACUGGAGAAAGACCGUUCACAUGCACACAGUGUGGGAAGACUUUCAGCCGUACAUCAAACCUUAAGAGACACGUGAGAUUUCACACUGGAGAGAGGCCUUUUACAUGCACUCAGUGUGGGAAGAGUUUCUUUGUCAAACAAGAACUUGAUGUGCACAUGAGAAUUCACACUGGAGAAAGACCGUUCACAUGCACUCAGUGUGCACUCAGUUUUAAAUCUAAAAGUGUCCUGAAAAAACAUCAGCUCUCUCACUCUGGAGUGAGAUCAUUUAGCUGUGAUCAGUGUGAUAAAACAUUUGUUUUUGCAUCAUACUUAAAAGAACAUCUUAAACUUCAUGCUGGUGUGAAGCGCCACUUUUGCACUUUUUGUGGAAAGAGCUUUACACAACCGUACAGUUUACAAGUUCAUCAGAUUAUUCACACUGGUGUGAGACCUCAUGUGUGCUUUGACUGUGGCAAGACCUUUCUUACAUCUAGUGACAUAAAAAAACACCAGAGGAUUCACACUGGAGAGAAACCGUACAAGUGCUCACACUGUGGAAAGAGUUUCACUGAUUCAUCAACCCUGAAAACCCAUGAGAGAAUUCACACUGGAGAAAAGCCGUAUCAGUGCUCUUCAUGUGGGAAGGAUUUCACUCGCUCAUUUACUCUAAUUAAACAUAAGAUAAAGCAUUGCCCGAAGUUGUCUAAGUCACAUUCAGAUCCAUCACUGUGAAAAAAUUGAAUAGUAGCAGUUAAAAUAGAAGAUUACACAUUGUAUGGUUAUAACAUACAUUUUGACAAACAGUUUGGUAAAAUUGUAAUAAAAGUUAAACUGUCAUGUUUUUAAGCAGAUUUUCCAUAUUAAGUUAUGACAGUGAUUUGCCCUAAUGUUCCUCGAUGUCGUUAUUUUAAUUUCAGCCAGCUGGUUCGUGAUUCAUGAAAUGAGUCAACUGAUAUGAACUGAUAUGAACUGUGAUUUUAUUUUUAUUGGGAGAAAUCAGACCACUUAUACAUGCAUUGUAUUAAUAAUACUUAUAAUCCAACCCAUAUAUCCUAGAUGUUGUUGCUUUAAGUUCAGAAGUAAUACAGUGAAUUAUAUUUCAAACAUAUAAAAAUAGCUGGAAUUUGUUUCAAUAAAGUGAUUUAUUCUAGAGGGUCAUUCGCUAAAAUUAGUGAAGUUUGAAUAUUUGACAAAGGACAUUUUGGCAAGGCCAUAGUAUUAGUUUUUGAAACUAUUGUGUUGCUGUAAAAUAAAGAGACGUCUUGU